UGGCCAAAGCAGGCCUGGCCGAAGGAGGAGGAAGUGGUGGCGCGUGAGAGAAGGAAGAGAAGCGGCGGCUCGAGGAGGAUGCGGGGGCCUCCCUGGCACGAUGGCCGGCCGCGCACUGAGAACAAUGACAUUAGAAGAAGAGACAUCUUGGUCUGUCCCAAUGAAGGCUAUUGGGUCGCAGAACCUACUGACCAUGCCUGGAGGUGUCACCAAGUCGGGAUACCUGCACAAAAAAGGAGGAACACAGUUCCAGCUCUUAAAGUGGCCACUUAGGUUUGUAAUUAUCCACAAGGGCUGUGUUUACUACUUUAAGAGUAGUACAUCUUCAUCUCCUCAGGGUGCUUUUUCAUUGAAGGGCUAUAACAGGGUUAUGCGGGCAGCAGAAGAGACAACAUCAAAUAAUGUCUUCCCUUUCAAGUUGGUGCACAUUAGCAAGAAGCAUAGGACCUGGUUUUUUUCUGCCUCCUCCGAAGAUGAAAGAAAGGACUGGAUGGCCUCACUUAGAAGAGAAAUAGAUCUCUAUCAUGAAAAGAAAGAAGCAGUUCCUGAUUUAAGUGACUCUGGUUCAGAUGCUGACAGUUUUUAUGGCUCAGUAGAACGACCUGUUAAUAUACAUUACUCACAACAUUCAAUAGAGAGUUCAGAUUAUGACCAGGAUGAAGAUGAUGAUUACUUACAGCCAGAUGAUUUAGACAGUGCAAAAUGUGAAGAUCAAAAAGUCUUCCCACCAAAAUACCCGCCCCCUCCAGUUCCUCAGAUGGAAAAAACUUCCUAUUCACAAACAAAGCCAUGCUUGCUUUCUGGCAAAUCCAGAGUGGCUGUGUUUCCACCACCACCUCUGAAAAACAGCUCACCUGGUGUUAGGUCCAGCAUUCUUCUUGGCGUGAGAGGAGAAUUUCCUUUUAAUUACCAAGCCGAGCAUAAAAAGGGAGCCAACUCAACAUGCCAGCAAGCAAGUGGCCAGGGACCACCAGUGCCUCCAAUCCAUUUGCCCCCAAAACCCAUCUCCUUUACAGAAAUCCGCUCUGCGCCUGCUGUGUGUCAACCACAAGCCAAUGUUUUACCUGCUACCAAAGAGUGUGAGAAGCUUAAAGACCUAAAACUUUCUACAAAAUCCCCCCCUCCGUUGCCAAGCAGCAAGCCAAAAUUAUCACUAAAUACAGUGCACAUACAAGAACCAAGGAAGCCAGAUCACUCUGGACUAUUGAUAUCCAAAGUUCUUUCUAACUCACAAGUGCCUCGGGACAAAUCAUCUGUGCCUGUGUCGAAACCAGAUAAGCCUUCUCCUCCACAGAGAUCAUCUCCAGAUGGACAGAGUUUCCGAAACUCUUCAUUUGAGAAACCAGCCUCACCUUCACAAUCAAAAUUAUCUGGAGAAGAUUCAGAUGGUGACUAUGAGAAAGUUGAGUUACCGAGUUCCGUAUUUGUGAAUACCUGUGAAUCCCUUGAAGUCGAAAGGUUGUUCCGAUCUGAAAAUCCCACAGGACAUGUGAAAAAUGGAUUAUUCUGCAUUAGGAAUUCCUCUACAAAAACUGGAAAGGUAUUAGUUGUAUGGGACGGAUCUAUUGAAAAAGUGAGAAAUUACAGAAUCUUUCAACAGGGCUGUAAGUUUUACCUGGAGGCAGAUGCCCUGUUUGUGAGCCUUGGAAAUCUGGUUGAAUACUACUCCGGUCAUGUCUUGCCAGGCCACAACAAUUUGAUGCUACGGUUUCCUUAUGGUUAUUCAGGACCAAGGUGACAGACCUUCAUAAUCCACUGUGACACUAACCACAAUGAGCAAGUAUGGGUUUACAAGAUGCAAGUGUUUUAUUUCCCAUGUAAGUCAGUUAUGAGGAAUGUAUAGAUCACCUGAUGAUGUUGGAGUGCAGCUCCCAUCAUCCUUCACCAGUGGCUCUUAUGUUAGGGUGAUAGACUUACAAUCUGCCAACCUCCUAUUUCUCAUUUUAAACUAAAAAGGAAUAAUUACACUCCUUUCAUGGAGUUGAGGCCUGGAGUGGAUUUCUGAGUUACAUAGAAUAAGGAGGAGGGCACAUUGUCAGAAGGAAGCUGACAUGUUUUAUGUGAGCAGACACCUUGUUUGAGGCACUAGUUUCUCUCAGCCUAUGGAUAUGAAGUUACUGUGACUAACAGAACUACUAUGCAAGAAAUUUCUAAAGCAAAGUACUAAUGUUCACAUUACUGUAGUUUUCCUGACUUUUUAUUUGAGUCAGCAUUGAUGUUUGUACUAAUUUAGUAUUUAAAAUUAGUACAAACUGUGUAGCACAAAACCAUGUACUGUAUAACAAAUUUGUUUCCAGAAUGUAAAAAUCAGUGGGGCUUUGUCUUGUAACCUUAGUUACAGUCUUAGUUUACUUACAAAAUACUGUCCCAACAUACUGUGUAUGGAAUGUGGACGUGAUCUGUCAUUUUAUGGUAUUUUGAAAGUAUUUGUUUCUCCGAGGCAUUUUCAUUGUAAUGCAGAACUGUUAUUUUAAGUACACACAAGCACAUGCACAUGCUUCUUUCUCUGUGUAAUGGGCUACAAAACUGUGCCAAGCUGAUUGUGUAAACGUCCAUUUAGCUGAGACAACGCUCAAAAAAUCUGCUGUUAGGUGUUAAGUAUAUGUGCACUUACACACUUUAUACUACUGCGGCCAAAUCCAUAGGUUAAUUUUAAAACUGGAUUAAAAAUAUGAACCAAAAUAUUUAAUAGGAUAGCAAUUUGUUUUUUAAACAUGUCAAUUAAUGUUAUACAAGUUUUGAUAUCAUGUAUUUGGUGAUUUUAUAAUGCACUGUAAUGAUAAAUUGUGACUUUUGUAAAAUAAGAAUCUGAAUUAUUAUCUGAAUGUAUAAACAUGGCUUUUGAAUUUCAGACUGCA